CAACAAAGCAUGUUCAAGUUAGUGAAAAAUCAAGAAAUUGAAAGAUAGAGUCAAAAUGUGCAUUUGGUCUUUGAUUAUUGAAACCGACAGAGCAUAGGGUCAUCAUCGUCAACCGCGGGAGGGAUUUUAAACGGGCCAAAAUGAGCAAAGAAAUUUCUUGACAGCAAAAUGUGCGAUCCAUAAUUGUGAUCAGUGUGGAUUGAUUGCUAACCAGCGGUCACGACUCGCACUGCGAGAUUCCCUUUGAGUCUUCCCAACUGAUUACGUCCCAUGCAUGGAAGCCGCCGGCCCGGCUUACUUCGCUUUCGUCGACGUGAUGUUUUAUUUUGUCAUUAUACCCUGUCCUAAUACCGGGCAUUACACGGUAGGGCUGGCUAUUUGAUCCGGACUGUUUGGUUUUACCCGAAACCGGACCGUAUAACUCGACCGGGACUGGACUGGGACCGGAUAGCAAACAUCCUAUCUCAUAUUCGGGCUUAGAUUUGAGGUAAAAAACCCGGAUAAGAGACUCCCAACACCUAAAAUCAAGAUUAAAUUGGGAUCGGACCGGGUCAAGACCGGACCGGAUCAAGACCGGAUUGUAUCCAAUCCAAUCUUUGGUCCUUAUAUUCCCGAAAAGACCGAAUUGACACCGAAUCAAUUUGGCCAAUUUAAUCGGACCAAACCGUAUAGCCACCCCUAUUACACGGUAUUUCAUUUGAUUCGAUACAUUUUUUUCCUCGCACGAGCUAGCCAGCAUCACAAACUUCCAUAUAGUGUGAGGUUCGAGUCCUCUUCAAGGCAUAAUAUUGUUGGUCUCCACACAUUCUUUCGCGCAAGCUACACAAGAGGAAACCCAAAACUAAGAAACGGCAGAUCAAAAUAGUAUUAUAGAGAAACAAAAUGGUGACCAAAACGACUUCGUCGACGAUGCGUUUUCCUUCUCACAGCUUUCUGGUUAUUGCUCUCAUCAUCGUCCUCCAAGUCAUCAUCGCAUUCCCAUCCUGCAUCUCCGCCAGGAAACUACUCCAGGAAGAAGAGUACUCCUCACCGGCGCCGGCCGCUGCAGAAAGUGGAUAUGGUGACGACGAGAACGGUGGCGAUGACGGCAGCAAGAGCGGGGUCCAAGGGAGCGAGUCGCGGCACUCCGGGUCAGCCAACGGCGAUAAGUCUCCGACCGGCCAGACAGUCGUGAUGCCGCCGCCGACGGCCAGGACGGAGGUUUCAUACAACACUCCCAGCCAAUCGGCUAGCAGUGGGAAUUCCGGCGGCGGUUACAAUUCGGGAGGCGGAUACAACUCCGGCGGCUAUAAUUCUGCCGGCGGAUACUAUUCCGGCGGCGGCUACAAUUCGGGAAGCGGAUACAAUGCUGGCGGAUACAAUUCUGGAGCCGGAUACCGACCGGGCUACAACUAUCCACAAUAUCCCUAAGAAAUAGCUAAAUUAUGUAUGCUACGGAUUUACGUCAUAAUGUGUCUGUGGCUUCUCUCUUUGAUUUUCUUUUACCAAUGUCUAAGAAAAUUUCGGACUUUAUGGUCCUUUGAAAGUUUGGAUUGUUGGAUAAAUAUAUUGUUAUGAAUGUAUGUGUAAUAUUAUAUAUAUAUAUUGUCAAAUUGGAUAUAUUGUAAAAUACAACAAUUGGUAUGUGUGAUUGUGUAUGUCGAACGUUGAGUGUAAUUUCCCUUUGCUGCACUUCUGGACCCCUUCCCCUUUGGCACCAAGGUUCUUUGGCUGACGGUCGGAGAAUCCCCAUUGGUCACGAUGCAUAUCAAAGAUUUCGAGUCGAAAAUGAAGUGUUGGCCUUUUC